CGACAACGUCUGCUUUACAUUUCUCGCCGGCUUUGCUUAACAUAGAAAAACCCUGCAAAUGCAAUGGGCAGACGCGCUUCCCGCGUUUUAUAAUCUUCUUCUCUAUUCUCUUUGAUUUCCCAUUCAUUUUGUUGGAGAAUCUCAAUUAUUGCUACGAAAGAGAAACCGGAGAACCUAGAUAAUUGCCAAUCAUGGCUUCUCGUUCCGAAGACCAGCCCGGUAAAGAACCUGGUCAGCCUUCGGAUGCGAACCAGAACAACGCUCCGACAGCUCCUAAUGGUCAUCCCCAACCUCCGACGAGUCAUACCCCCGUUAUGGGGUACCCGUACCCGAACCCAUAUGGGCAACCCUAUCAUGGUUACCCUCCCAAUGCAAACAACGCUGCCUACCCUUAUAAUUCUCAACCACCGCCAGCAGCCUAUUAUCAUACCCAGUCAUCCCAUCCCUCGAGCGGCUCAGGCUUCUUUCGUGGCUGUUUAGUGGCGGUGGUUAUAUUCGUAGUCCUCUCGUUCCUGACCAGUCUCGUCAUGUGGUUUGUUCUACGUCCAGAAUUCCCAGUUUUCAGAGUAGACACGUUCACCGUUUCCAAUUUCAACGCCUCCGAGGAUUUCGAUUUGAAGGCUAUAUGGGAAGCCAACGUUACGGUUUCGAACCCCAACCAUAAACUGAAAGUUUACUUGAAUGAAAUUGAGAAUUCUCUCCUUUACAACGAAGAACUAUUGACGUUCUCGUAUGGGGAGCCUUUGCUCCUGGAUACAAAGGGACAAGGCGUAUUGCGUGUGAAGCUAUCCAGGAAUAACCCUUCGGAUCCACGCCCAGUGCUGGAUAAGUUGGUGUUGAAGGAGAUUAGCCUUGACCAAAGCGCAGGCUCGAUGAGCUUCAAUUUCAGGAUGGUGGUGUCGACGGCAUUCAGACAUAAAUCAUGGUGGACGACGCACAGAACACUGGGAGUUUUUUGUGAUGAACUGAAUGUUGGUUUUGUGGGUGCCUCUGGCAAUGGAACGUUUCCUGCUGGCCAGUCUAGGGUCUGUGCGGUUUAUGUGUGACAAUUAUAAGAUAUUUCUUUAAUACAAUUUUUAUUUCAUUUUGUUCUUGAUU